AGGAUGGCCGAGACCCACGUAUGCGAGGGGUACUACAGCGCAGACAUACAGUUUGUGGAGCGCUUCACCUGCCCUCCGGACCCCGACAGCCCAGAGCUGGCCUACUGCUGCGGGUUCGAGGACAUGAAGUACUGCUGCAGUGAGCCCGGAAACUACUUCCCCUACAAGCAUGCGUACAUGUGGACCUUGAGCAUCGGAGCCUUGGUUGGACUAGGGAUCGCUGCACUUGUCCUCCUGGCCUUUGUCAUCAGCGUCUGUGUGCUCUGCUUUCUGUUUCUCCACACCAAGCCACAGCGGCCGGACACAGGACUCAAGUUACACGCCAUUGACAGCUCCAUAAGUAAAGCUUCAAAGGGGAAUAUGAUGAAGAACGGGGCCACAGAUCAGCUAAUCACAGAGAGAGAGGGUACUUCACCCAGAACAGGGAACGCACUUCAGGAGAAUGCGUCAGUCACUGUCAAACCAGUGGAGAUUACAAGCAUAUAA